UGUAAUUGUUGACAAAAUAUACAAUCCAAUUUUUAAAAAAAAUUUAGUUUUCAAGGUAUAGUAUAUUUGUAGUUUUAGAUUGCACCGAGUUUUUGAGAAUUUCAAUAUCUCUAGUCUAAUGCUAGUGAGCUUAGGAUUUGGCGUACUAACAAAUCAUUUGAACCUUGAACCUUUGACCCAGGUUUCAUGUCAGGUAUGUUGCCCACUUAAACACUGAGUCUGAAAUUGCUUCUUAGUAUAUAUACCUCCCUUUAAUGUAUAUAGAUUGCCAAAAAAUUAACUUACAGAAUUUGGAUGAUGCAAUCUUUCAUCAUUUAAUAUUUUACCACAUAAUCAAUAAAUUUUUACAUAGGUUUCUGGUUGUGAUUUACUUAGGUAAUAUUGUAAUUUUUCACCUAGCUAAAUUGUUCCUAGUUGUUGGCAUCACUGUAAAACCAUCGUUAAUUUCUUGUAUAUCAGUGCUGUUUGAACAGAGAUUAGAUAGUGCCUGAGUAUGUACUGAGUUAACGUCAGUUGAAGCAACAGCAUUUAUCACGUGCGUUACAUCCCAAGAAAAUGUUCCCAUAGUGAAGUAGCGGAUGGCCCUAAGAAUGCACCCACCUUUGCAAACUGCGAGAGUUUUAACAGCAUGUAUUUGAGUGACGUACUCAACAGUACUGACAAAUUUUUUGAUACCUCGCAGUUAGAUGACGACCAGGCCCCCGCUGACGCAGCCAGGCGGAACAAGCGGUCCAUGAAGCUGCUGCGCUACUCGGAGCGAGACCUGAAGCUGGACCUGUCGUCCGUCAACCACGAGCCGGCCCCGGAGACGCCUCAGGGCGAGUGCUUCGAGGACCGGGUGUGCAGCCUGCCCCUCAACCCCCAUCAUGGUUACAAGGUGGAGACUUGCAAUCAUUUCCGAAGCCUCACCUCAAAACCAGUUAACUUCCCCAAGAAGAAGCACAAACAUUUUGGCUUCAAGAUGGACUGUCCACAGGACAGAAUUGACUUCUACAACACGUUUUCGCUGCUCAUUCGCAUGGGGAGCGGUGAGAAGUCCGGUGACAAAUGUUCCCGCAGGCAGCUGAGCCACGAGGAGGACCUGUGGCAGAACGAGCUGAAGGACCUGCUGUGGCUGGAGCUGCAGGCGCGGCACGCGGGCCGCUCGGUCCACGAGCAGGACGAGCACCUGUGCCGGGAGCGCGGCAAGGUGGACCGCCUGCUCGCCCAGAUCAUGGAGUACAGGUUCGAUAGACACAGGGCGUCGGACAGCGGGAGCAGCGACAGCGGCGUGGGCACGGACGACCCCGGGGACCACGCCGGCGAGCGCGCGGACGCCUGCGAGGGCUGCCUGUCCAUAUUCUGCUGCUCCUGCGUGGAGACCCAGAACCUGGCCCUGCGCGAGGUGGAGCUCCUGCUGCGACGGCUGGACGAGGCGGAGCAGCUCUACUCCUCCAGCAAGGCGUUCGGCCUGCACUACCCGCUCUACGUCAGCCCCGAGUUCACCAGCCGGCUCAAGGCCAUGUGCAUCUGGUUCAACAUGAUGCGGCACCAGCGGUUGCGACUGAAAAUCAUCGGCAGGAUGUUGAACCUCGACAACAACAGGAAGACGGUGAACUGGCCGGUGCUCGACGACAAUGUGUCGGCGACCGACUCCAGCGACGACCGCUACCUGGACACACACUCCAUAUCGCGGAGUACCUCGAUAGAAGCCGUGCCACGCGCCCCGAGGCAGCAGAGGGUCCACUUCGAAGUGGAUGCGGACUCUGAGUGCUCCAGCCCGUCCGACUCGAACAACUCCUCGUCCACGCAGUCGUCGUGCGCCCAGGCCAACGACCUGUGCCUCAUUCCCUUCAAGGAGCUGCAGCACUCCUUGUUCCCGAACGGGCCCGACAAGAAGUACAUGGCGCCGUACCGACGCUACAUGGAGCACGUGCUGAAGACCCGCGGCCUCAGGAAGUCCAUCCAGUUCUUCGACCGCACCCACAAGACGGUCCUGAAGAAAGCCAUGCUGACCUUGCUGAACCAGGAGGAGUCGAAGGAUUCGUCCACAGCCGAGUCCAAAGCUGACCCGCCCGACAGCUACCCGUCGCCCGACGAGAACGGGGAGUUCCUGUUCGACGACGCGGAGCGCCACGACCUGAAGCGGUACGGCUACUGGAGCGAGGACUCGCGGGCCAUGAACCUCCCCUCGUACUGCAGCAUGUACCUGUUCCUGGCGAGGGUGCCGGUGGAGCUCACGCACCAGUACCUGCUCAUGCGGCUGGAGGAGAAGCCCGACUGCCCGUCCCCGCUGAGCGUCCCCCAGCUUGUGCGGGAGUUCAGAGAUGGCAUAUCAAAUGCAGCAUACGUCAAACAGCGCUAUAAAAAUUUGGUGAAUGCUGUGAUAUGGAAAAUGGAUGAAGCCACUCGGCAGGCGUAUGAGGACAGUCUUUGGGAGUUCGAGAAGAGCAUACGCUGCAUGCUAGAGGUUCACUUGGACUACUUCAGAGACUGCCUGCAGAUGGUCGCCCCAGCGCUGUCGCAGAAGAAGAACUUGCUGGAGGAAGAGUGGGCGUGGUUGAAGGGCUUGUCCCCCAUCAUCGGCGGGGAGGGGCUCGUGUCGCACAAAGUAUCUCAAAUCACAGUUGGUUUGUUGAGAGGAAUCGGACAGCAUCUGGAGAAAAGGAUGAAAACUAUCAUGGAUAAUGUGGAAAAUGAGAAGUUCUGGGAGGUUGAAGAUGCAUCACCGAAGCACAUAAUGCUUGGUGUUUGUCGGGAAUUCCAAACGCUAUUCAACGAAGUGCGGGAAAACACAAUAAAGAUUGUGACGUUUGCGAAGUCCCUGAAGAACGACCUGGGGAUCCGCACGUUUGCCCGGGCCAUAGAGAACAUCAACCACAGCAAGUGUUACGGAGCCAGCAAACUCACCUGUGGCGAGAUGAUCCUAGAGGCCAUACGGGAGCUGAAGGUUGAAAUCUUAAGGUUUUGUGACAAGAUAACAAAAAGCAUAAAUGAUGCUGAAACAACGUGUGACGUGACGGGCUAUGACGGCCUGGAUGACAAUGAGAAGCUGGCUCUUCUGGCCAGAUGCAGGGAGGUUCUGCACACGGGCUACAAGUUUGGCUUCGAGUUCCACAAUACGGCUUCACGUCUGAUCUGCGCGGGGCCCCUGCGGGAGAAGGUGGUGUCCGGGAUGAUCAGCUUCGCGCACCAGUGGAUGCGCUUCGUGAUGGAUCGCUGCGAGAGGGGGAGGGGCCUGCGGCCCACGUGGGCCAAUCAGGGCCUGGAGUUCCUGACGGUUGUCUGCGAGCCGGACAAGACCAGGUGGCUCAGCGACAAGGAGUUUGAGAACCUGAAGACGAGCAUCGACGAGUGCAUCUCGCACGUGGUGGGCAGCACGCAGCCCCAGCCCCACCUGGCGUCGCCCCUGCCGCGGUCCCGGGCCGCCUCCCCCUCCCCGGGCCAGCGCAAGGCCUACCUGGCGUCGCGCUCGCUGCAGGAGGGCGGGGCCAACCCCACCGCCACGGCGCCCCAGCGCUCCCUGUCGCUGCAGGUGCAACCGGCCCCCGGCGACCUCGCCGGCAGCUUGGAGUCCCUGGAGGGCUGUCUGCACGGUAUGACAGUCUCUGAGAGAGUUUACUUGGCCGUUGAGGAAUUGGAGAAGGAGCUAGAUGAGAAGCUACGCAGCAGAGAUCUGAUCGGGAGAGUGAAGGAGACGGGCACAAGUGAAGAAGUCCACAUUCGCCCUCGCAGUGUCAACUUCAGCUGGCAGAGGGGCAUCAAGAUAGGCCAGGGCCGGUUCGGCAAGGUGUACACGGCGGUGAACAACAAGACGGGCGAGCUGAUGGCCAUGAAGGAGGUGCAACUGCAGCCCAACGACCACCACGCGGUCCGACAUGCCACCGAGGAGCUGAGGAUCUUCGAGAGCAUCCAGCACAACCACCUGGUGCGCUACUACGGCGUGGAGAUACACAGGGAGGAGAUGCUGAUCUUCAUGGAGUUCUGCCCCCAGGGCACGCUGGAGAGCCUGGUGGCCGGCACGGAGAGCGGGCUGCCCGAGGCGCUGGUGCGGCGCUACACGCAGCAGCUGUUGCUGGCCGUGUCGGCGCUGCACCAGUGCGGCGUCGUGCACCGCGACAUCAAGCCUGCCAACAUCUUCCUGACCGACGAGGGGAAUUGUUUGAAGUUGGGCGACUUCGGGUGUGCAGCCAAGAUUAAGGCUCAUACCACGAUGAUGGGAGAAUUGCAAGGAUUUAUUGGAACACAAGCAUACAUGGCGCCCGAGAUGUUCAUGAAGACGACCACGGACGGGCACGGACGAGCCUCUGACGUGUGGUCCGUCGGCUGUGUGGUCGUGGAGAUGGCUUCAGGCAAGCGACCUUGGGCAGAGUACGACUCGAACUUCCAGAUUAUGUUCAAAGUCGGAAUGGGCCAGACUCCGUCGGUGCCCGACACCCUCAGCAAGGAAGGACAUAACUUCCUGAGCCAGUGCUUCCAACACGACCCAAAAGAGCGAGCCUUUGCGUGCGAGUUGCUGCAGCAUCCUUUUGUCAGGGUGGACGCUGAUGAUUCUGGAGUAUUUUUACUUUUUAGUAAUAAAAGAAAUAAAGUGUGAAAAUGAUAUAAUUAAUUGAGAACUUCUGUUUGGAAUACAAUCCACGAGGCAUUCAUCAGUUUUGAUUGAAGGAAUGCUUGCGUGUAAAACGCGUGCGUUAAGCUACUGAGAGUGUUCUGCAUGGCUGUGGACUGCUACUUGACGGAGUUCUGUUACUUCCCUGGAGUGUUGGUCGCAUGUUCCGUGUGUUUCCAGGCUGCUUGCUGUCAGUGUACGUUAUGAACAGAGUCGAUGAGCAAUAUUUAGUCUAAAAUGUUGGCGGUAAAUAUUUUAUGUGAAAUGUAUUUACCGUGAAGGAUCACAUAUUCAUUUUUGUUAUCAUGUAUUUCAUUUUAGUGGCUUUUUUUAAAGUGCCUUCAUUAUCACUUUUUUUGACAAUUUUAUUAAGAACUGUGAUGGUUUUAUAUGUCUUGGUGUUCUGUCAUGUCUGGUGUAAGUUGUAAGGAGCCAUAGUGUCGGUGGUCAACACUUUUAAGUUGAAUUAACAUUGUAUUUUACCUUAGGUGAUCCUGUGCAUCACACAGUUUUCUAGUCAGUAGUAUAUAUUGGUACAUGAAGUUUAACAAUAUAUAUAUAUAUAGUUUUAGAUUUAAAAAUUUGUAAUGAAAAAUUUUUAAUGACUAACUAAUUUGAAGAUAAAAACAAAUCAUUCAUAAACUGUUAAAUAUUUAUAAAUUUUUAAUAGUGCUGCCAACUAUGUGUGAUGAUAUUUAAAUACGGUACAAUGAGAAAAGAGUUUUGUUGGACAAAUAUCUGUUAUAUUUUUUUGAUAUGGAUGAAUGUAGUGUUCGGGGCUGUUUGUGCUUAUAUGUACGUAUUUUAUGCAUACUAUGUAAUUUUUAGACAUCAUAACAGUAUAAGUCAGUAUAUUAAUCGUGACUAUUUUCUGUGAUUAAAUAUUAUUUAGAGAGAUGAUAUUUUGAUUUCAGUUCAUUGAAUAAAUUGUAUGUAUGUAGAAUCAAAUCUCAUUAAUUCAGAGAGCUAGGGGCCAAAUUAUUCUAACUUUUCUAUUAUCUUUAUAUUUUCACAUCAUGUAUACACUUUCCACUGCUUUUAAAAUUUUCAUAGAUACAUUUUUAUUAAUUGAUAGCCACUUCUAUUUCUUAUAUAACUUAUUAGCUCUGCUGUUGCAUUUGUUGAGAGUAAUUUGAUGAAUACGACGAUAGUCAGGGAAUGAAAAUUUGUAACAAUAUUGGUGCUGCCAUCUGUGGCGGAAGGGGUGAACCAAAGUUCACAUUGAAGAGAAACUUUAUAGUAUUAACUGUGUAAAUUACUUUAACAAAUGGGCAGUAUUUCAAUAAAAUACUUUGUCAAAAUCACAUCCAAAGCCGGGGUUUAGUAUUUUUUUCAAUUAUUUUUCACUUUUAACAGAACAGUUUCAUUUAUAGUUAAAAGUUUUGGUCUGAAAUUGAGUGAGUCGAUAUUCGAAGUAGCUGCUCUGGCAGUGAAUUCUUGCGGCGGUUGCAGGAACUGUGUGAGAUUCGCUUUCAGAAAUGUAGUUGAAAACACAAUUUGUGUAAAUUUAUCACUCUUGGCAUGACCAAGGGACCCAGUGCCAGGCUACUUAUUUAAAAUAAAGCUGAUGCAAGUAGUUAGACAUCAAGUAUGCUUAAAGAAGUGUGGACACAAAGCCAGAAAAAGACAGUUGAUUUGUUUGUGACUUUUAAUGUGAACAGAAUUUUAGAGAAUUCAAGUCACUGAAACUAUAAGCAUGUUCAAACAAAAUUCAUCAAUGUGCUUGGCUUUUCAUUACCAUAUUGACGACAAUGUAAACAUGCAAUGACAUAAUUUCAAAAGUCAGAUGUCAUAUAUAUAUAUAUAUAUAUAUAUAUAUAUAUAUAUAUAUAUAUAUAUAUAUAUAUAUAUAAACUCAUUUCAUGUUUCUUGGCUGUCAAAAUCGUAACAAAUUUGAAAAUUUUAAAAUGCCAUGUAAAAUUAAUUAAUAUUUUCUAAAAGAAAUUCAAACCAUUUCUUGAAGUAGGCAGUGGCAUUGCAGUUAAACCUAAAAAGCUUCAGUUCUGCAAUAAAUUACAUUCUCCUUAUUUGUACAACCCAAAAACGUUAAAAUUGUAACUUUCGCAGCUAAUCAUGCGAAAAGUAUGCGCUGUAUAUAUUUUUCAUUUUGUGCAAGUUAAACAAUUGGAAAAGUCUAAAAGUUAAUCAGCGAUAAUAUAAAUAUAAAAUCAUGACCUGAAAUGGGAGGCACCACCUUAACACCUAUGUCUUGUCAAACGCAGAGCUCGUCGAAGGAGGACAAUUUACGAAACUGACCCCAACACGUAACCUACUCGACAGCUCGUACGCGUGUGCGGAGGGGAAGGAAGCUACUCGGGAGGGUGGGGAAGGGGAAAGGCAGUUGUCCCAUGGCCCCCUCUCCUGGCUCCCGGCUCAGUUUUAAACAAUUGUGUGGAAAAUUUAUGUCAGAGUUUCUUAAUAUAAGUUAAGUUGCAACAUGAGAACACAUGAAUCUGCUCGUUACCGAGGUUAGAUUUUUACACAUCUCUGGCCAGUACUGAAAGACUACCUCUCAUUAAAAAUUUUUUUUAAAUUAUAAACCACCAAUUGGCUGAAGCCAGACACUUGAACACCGGAGUUAAGACUUGUCUCUUGUGCUGGCUCACUUCUUACUCUUUUAAUAAAUAUCUGUCCAGUGGGUGGUUACUGGCUUGGAACUAAAGAAGCCACUCGAAGAUCAUUUUCUCCCUCAGAAUUUUUAGCUCCAGGAAUUUGUUUUCUUUUUAAGGCCUAGAAUUGUAAGCGAGAUCCCAUAGAACGUUUGCUAUUUUCAUAUUGUCUUGCAUUCUUCCUCUUCCACGAUUAGUUCUAGUUUCUACGACAUCAUCCGUGCUAUGUACUUUUGAUUUCUUGUGGCUUGGGAAAGAUUUUUAAUCAAAGAUCAUAAAAAACAAAUGAUAUUUAUGUACACUAGAAUAAAAAAAAAUUAAAUACUUUUUUUGCAAGUUGAAACAAAUUAAACUACAUACCACAAAAGAAAAGUGUGUACAUGAUAAUUUUUUUUUUAACUAAAUUCAGAAAAAUGUACAAAAUUUUUCACUUUUUUUGGCAGCUUUGAUGCAAUAGAAUGCACAAGAAAGCAGCAAAGAAUAAUAAUUUUUCUUUUUGUGAGUAUCAAUUUUUUUUGUGUUGAUGUACUUGCUGGUUUUGUAGGUCAUAUGUAAUAAUUUUUUGUAAAAACAGUCUUAUUUUAAAUUCCAAACAUAUUUUCAUCUGCUGUACUUAAGUUUCAACACUGAUGUAUGUUUUCAGUAUCAGCAUUAUGUCUAUUUAAAAGUCUGAUUAAUAUGGAGAAUAUGACUUAUGUGAAUUAAUUGUGAAGAUUAUUAUUCAUAGUACGUAAUCAGUUUUGAGUAGUAGUUAAGAUGUGUAACAGGGUUUUUUUUUUUUUUUUGUACUGUGUGCAUGUUGAGUAUAUGACUUCAAUGUGUAAUGAACUAGUCUGGUGCAAAACAUUGCAGAAAGAAUGAAAGAAAAAAGAUGCAUAAGGUGUUAAACUGAUGUUUUGUGAAAGGCGUGGUAGGAAAUACAAAUAAAUGUUUCAGGGCAGAGGAAGUGUAUCGGAGGGUGUUUGCUUGAAUGGCACAGUAUCCUGUAAUUGGCAUGAGCAUAGCCACGGGUUAUUAGCUAGGAUAAUAGAUAAUGGUUUAUGUUAAGUUAUUUAACAACUACAAAAUUUUGUCAGAAAAAUAUUACACACAAUCACAAUUAAAGUUAUAAUUAUCUAUAAAUUCUUUGGUAUUAUAAUAACUGUUUACUUUGCAUGAAGUACAUAUUUUAAUGUUAAAAUGUAUUUUAAACAAUGUUUUCUUAAGUUAGGACCUUGGCUAGAUCGACUUCUUGGCCCUGAAAACAUAUAUUCGUUACAUUUAAUCAAAAUUGUUAUAGCCAUUUUAUAUCAAUUUUGAUUAUUAAGGAGGAUUAAUCUGUAUUGUUACAGGUUUAAAAAAUAUUAGCGGGAGACUGCAACACAGUUUAUAUUACUCCAUAUUCAUGGCCUGGCUAACCACAAGAUUCAGCUGUGGAAAUUAGUUGAAAACAACAUUCAUAAUUAGCAAUAUCCUGUAGGUGGUUACAUGCUUCAGCCUGGUAAUUAAUACUGAACUAAAAUGAUGAUAAAUGAUGUCAACUUGCAAUAUAUUAUAAUGCUCUAUCAUGCCAAUUAUUUGAGUAAAAGUUUCAAAAAAAACUGCAGGAGAAAGUUGUAAACAUGAAGUAUUCCCGGGAUUAAUUCUCCUGUAAGGGGCCAUGGUGCUUUCUUGCAGUUUUGUGGUUUCAGCCUCUGAAACUUCAUCAGUCUUUUUCCUAAUCCUUGGAAUUCUUCAACCUAGCCUUCGACUGUCAUCCGAUCAGUUAUUUCUUUGUCGUGACAUUUCACAUCCUGUUGGUGCUCUUUCAUAUACUGAGAGAGGACCAAGGUCGCAUAAUUAUGUACUUAAAUAUUCUUUUCAAAGCUCAGACUACUGCUAUUACUGCUACAAUAAUCCAUUUAAGUAUAAUGUUGCAUUGUCUCUCUCAAAAAAUGUUUUAUAUUCACUUGAAUAGUAUUUUAACCUACGGAAAUUAAUAUACCCAGUAGUCUGAGAGUGUGCAUUCUAUUGUAAGUAGUCUGUUAAUAAUUUUCUAGUGUAGAAAUAUAAAUUACAAUAACUUCUUAAGUAUUUUAUGUUUCUGUUUUACAAUCAUGUUAUUCCCGAUUCGUUGUCUUACAUGGGAUUCAUCAGAACCGUGAAAAAAUAAAAUACUAUAAGAAUUGUUAAGUUUGGUUAAAAGGGUAAAUUUUGAAUUUAAUUUUUUGAAAUAUGUUAAUAUAAUAGUUAACAUCCUCGCAUAACUAGGGUAGCUUCAGGCUUCGUAGUAUGGUGUUUUCUGUAUCAAUUUAGCAUGUUUUGAUAGUGUUUGUAGUUCAUGGGAGAAAUGCCUCAAAUCAUCACUAUAAUCACAUAAUCAGAAUAAAAAGUGAAUGUAAAUUUUUAUGAAAAGAUAUUUGCUUUUAAGGAAUAGUCAUUUAAUUUAUUUUUUUUGUUUUAAAUUUAUAAUAUGUGUCUUUGUUUAAUAUCGUAGUGAGACUUCAAACAGUCUCAGCAUUUCACCAUUUUAAAGCCAUAGCAAAAUCGAGAGCAGUUCAAAUUUCUCUGUAAGUGAUGUAACCAUGUAAAAUUCAGAAGUAGCUUGGUGCUACAUGUUAAGCAAAUAUAAAUACUAACAAGAGUUUUAUGUCAUAAUGUAGCAUGGUUAGAUAGGUAGAAAAUAUUUGUUUUAUUUUAUUUCAAAUGCCCAAAUGCUAUAGUUUUCAUUCUGCUUGUUAUAUUUUUAAAUAAUUAUAUUGUUGUUAUCCAGUAAUUCUAUUAUUUAUGUAAAUGUGCAUUUAAUCAGUAGACAUAUUAUUAAUUUUAUUUGGACACACAUCCUUUUGUUUUGAGACUUGCAUCAAAAUACCCCAUGCAUAUGGACAUCAAUUUAGAAUGUUCUGUUUAUCAUACAUUAUAAUGAUAAAAAUAGUACAUAUGUGUUUUUUUAUAUCCCAUAUUAUACCAUUUUCUAUAUAUUGUGCAUUCCAUAAAUGUCUUAGGGGUGAAGUAUCGUAGCAUUUUGUGUGUUUUAUUUCUGCAUUUGACUGUCUUAUGAUGUGCUAAUGUGUCUGUUUCUCAUUUUUAGUAUUGCAUUUAUAAAGAGUUAAUAGUUUUAUAGAAAAAAUCUAUAUGACUGAGCUUUGUUCAUAAGAAUUAAUUUAAGUCACUGUGUUCAUAGAAAUAUGUACAGUUUCAUUUAAAAUCAAAAAUUUAAUACUACAAUUUUGACUGAAAAAUGUAACAUCUUCAAACACACUAAACAUGAUUUUACUAAAAACUGUUUGUUUGCCUCAAUUUUAAAUCUGUUUUAGAGCAGUUUAAAAAGUUUUUCAGUUCAAUUACAAUGAUUUGCAGACUGAUGUUCAUUUUGUUGCAUUAUACAACUUUAUCCAUGUCAAAUAUCUUCAUGACAACUCAAUCACAGUAAACAAUGUUACACCAUAGAUAGGUACAUGGAUACAUCCAGACAGUGUGGUCAGAAGUAGAGGUGUGUUGUAGGGUUAAGGUGAAACACAUUGUACCCAGACUUCCGUAUUAUUUUGUUCUUCCAUGAUAUGCCUGUCACCAAGAUAUAAACAUAUAUUUUUGUUGGUAUAAUAUUUGUGUACUGUUUAGUGUAGAUGUUUUAAUAUUAAAAAUGUACAUUACAAAUCCCCCCCUUCUUUUGGGAACCAGCUAAAAGAUUUCUCAUCCCUGAAAACAUGUGUUCUGUACUUUUAAUCAAAAUCGUUAGAGCCAUUUUGGAGAAGGCCAGUACAUACAUUUGCAAACAUUCUUGUUAAAUAGUGUAGGAUAAAUUGUUAAAAUUUUUAAAAUGUGGUUGAGCAAUGUACCUAGUGAAUUGUAGGGGUGAAUAUUAUUUAAUGUAACCUGAAUAUUUUUGUGUAUUUAAAUUGGAUGUUAUUAAAUAAUAUUUUGUUA